CGACACAUCUCUACCGCCAUCCGAGGUUUCACCGCGCACACCGUCCAGUGAUAAGGCUGAUUGGCGAGAGCUCAUUUGUGCAUCUACAUCAGAGCUUUGAUUGACCGCUCCGGCGAUUCAACGGGGCGUGUGUCCGGGCUCUCUGCAUCAUGCCGCUGCGACUGGAUAUUGAGAAGAAGCUCACUCAGCGAUCGGAGCGAGUCAAAUGUGUCGACAUCCAUCCGACGGAGCCAUGGGUGCUCGCUUCCAUGUACGACGGCCAUGUCUUCAUUUAUGACUACGAGACCGGCUCCGUCGUAAAGACAUUUGAAGUUACAGAUCAGCCCGUUCGAUGCGGUGUCUUUGUUCCCCGCAAGCAGUGGAUCAUUGUCGGUGCGGAUGACAUGCAUAUUCGAUGCUACAACUACAAUACCAUGGAAAAGGUCAAGAUUUUCGAAGCUCAUAUCGACUACAUCCGGAGUAUCACUGUUCAUCCUUCCCUCCCCGUCUUUGUGAGUUGCUCGGAUGAUAUGCUGGUAAAGGCUUGGGACUGGGAAAAGGGCUGGGAGUGUACCAUGCUUUUUGAGGGACAUUCGCACUACGUCAUGCAAGUCAAGUUCAACCCGAAAGAUCCCAACACGUUUGCGUCUGCCUCCCUUGACCACACCAUCAAAGUUUGGAAUCUCAGUUCUCCAGUACCGAAUUUUACCUUGGAAGGACACGAAAAAGGAGUCAACUGCGUUGAUUAUUACAAUGGCGGCGACAAACCUUACAUUGUUACUGGCGGAGAUGACAAAUGCGUCCGCAUUUGGGAUUAUCAGACCAAGGCCUGUGUACAAACUCUUGAGAAUCAUUCUCACAAUGUUUCCUGCGUCGCUUUUUUGCCCGAUCGCCCUCUGAUUGUAUCCGGAUCAGAAGACGGAACGGUACUCUUGUGGCAUUCUAACACAUAUCGUCUUGAACAGACACUCAACUAUGGUUUUGAUCGGUGCUGGUCAAUAGCCUAUCUGAAAGGAUCAAAUAAGGUCGCCCUCGGUUUUGAUGAAGGUACGGUGCUUGUGCAAAUGGGAAAGGACACCCCCGUGGCUUCCAUGGAUACAUCCGGAAAGGUAAUUUUGGCCAAGCACAACGAAGUUUCUACAGUGAACGUAAGGACAAUCCAUGGCGAUAUAACUGAUGGAGAGCGUUUGCCGCUUGGGACAAAGGAGCUAGGGUCAUGCGAGCUGUACCCGCAGACUUUGGCGCAUAGUCCCAACGGGCGCUUUGUUGCCGUUUGUGGGGACGGCGAGUACAUCAUUUACACAGCACUCAACCUUCGCAACAAGUCAUUUGGUUCAGCCGAUGAAGUCGUCUGGGACAACAGCGCAGGGGAGUACGCUACGAGAUUAGGAACAAAUGAUAUCCGAGUUUGCAACCGAACGUUCAAGGAACGAAAGUCAAUGCGCCCAACGUAUGCUGCUGAGGCCAUUUUUGGAGGCGCUCUUCUUGGGGUAUGUGGAAGAGACUUCAUAUGCUUUUACGACUGGGAAGACUUGCAACUUGUUCGUCGCAUAGACGUCGAGGCUACCGGGGUUUAUUGGUCCGAUCAGGCUCACCUUGUCGCUAUCGUAGGAGAGUCAUCUUUUUACGUGUUGCAGUAUUCGCAAGAUGCUGUGAACAAUGCGUUGGACGCUGGUUCUGGUCAGCUACCUGAGGACGGUGUUGAUGAUGCGUUUGAACUUAUCCAUGAGGUACCAGAGACAGUGCAGACAGGGCGGUGGGUUGGGGAUUGCUUCGUUUACACGAACAGCAAUGCGCGAUUGAAUUAUGCUGUGGGAGCAGAGGUAUCCACUCUCGUCCAUAUGGACCGACCAAUGUACCUUUUGGGAUACUUACCAAAGGAAAACCGCUUGUACUGCAUAGACAAGGAACACAACAUUGUCAGUUAUACCCUCCUCCUUGCUGUUUUGGAGUUCAAAACGGCUGUCGUUCGGGGCGGUGUGAAGAUUGCGAAAGACAAGGUUUUGCCUCGGAUCCCAUCGCAAGAGCACAACAAGCUAGCACGUUUUCUAGAGUCUCAGGGAUUACGUGAGGACGCAAUGGAGCUGGCAACUGACCCAGACUAUCGCUGUGAUCUGGCGAUUGGGCUUGGUCGAUUAGAUCUUGCUACUGACAUCGCUAGAAACUUCCCGAGUGAGCUCAAGUGGCGUCAACUAGCGGACCUGGCAACCGUGAAGGGCGACUUUGUGCUGGCAGAGGAAUGCCUGACGGAAAGUGAAGACUACAGUGGGUUACUGACACUCUACUCAGCGAAAGCGGACAAGAAAGCCAUGCUGAAUUUGGCAGACAAGGCGGCAGCGGCACACAAGAUGAAUGUCGCUUUUCUUGCCAACUACAUGUGUGGGGACAUGAACAAGUGCUUGGACAUGCUGAUAUCCAGUGAUCGGAUUGCGGAGGCUGCCGUAUUUGCUCGGACUUACGUACCGAGUCGCAUCUCUCCUGUUGUUGACAUGUGGCGUAACGGUUUGAGGAAGGGUGGUAGUGUUCGAAUUGCCGAUGCCCUAGCAGAUCCCGAGGCCCACCCUCACCUCUUCCCGGGAAUUGACGAUAGCAUCGAGGGAGAAAAGGCGGCAAGUGCCUUAGCAGAAAAGCGGGAACAGCUUCCGGCCAGUGCCUUCCCAGAGCAUCGCCAUGAAGCUGGAAUGGACCUCGCAGAACUGUUGCAGGCUGUAAAUCUGAAUGGCAAUGGUUUGGCGGCAAAUGGCAUUGAAGAGGAACAAACUGAUAGUACACCACAAGACAUGGAAGAUAAUGAUGAUGCCGAAGUGACCGGCCAGCCCUCUGGCGAACCCGUCGAGAAUUCUCCGACUGACGAUACGGACUACCCCUCUGGUUCUGGAGAGGACAGUGCACUCGCGGAGGAGCAAUAGAGACUUUGCGCUACGCCAGCAUAACCGUAUCUAUCGUACCAAAACGGCGUUCGGUCAGGAUGGAUGCUCAGUUGUGCCGAAGGUGUAGCGGAAAUGAAUAAUUAAUAUCUGUACCGCUAAUAGUGAGCUGCCAUCAGGCUCGUAAUAUCACAGUCACGCUUCGAGGCCCUGCGGUGUCCAGGAUGUACAGGGAAUCUACAGGCGCGUCGUCAUCGAAGAUGGGUUUGAAGCAUUUCCUACGGUUCCAACUGGGAGCGGUAACGCAAUAGUUGCGGACUAGGUGUAACAGAACAACUUUUGACUGUCGUGCUUUUGUAUUUCUCCUUCUCAAAAACGCAGCCAUCAUAAACGCACACACAAAAA